GUGCUUCACUGUGCUUUGAAAAGGGUCUCACAAAACCUUGGCUGUAAAAAAAAAAAAAAAAAAAAAAAGAAGAAAACACAGCACCACAAAACAAUAAUGGAUACUUGUUCAGAAGAAUGUGAAGCAAUCCACCCUGAUUCGGAGCUGACAACACUGGAUUCCACCGAGCCAGAGGCUGCUGACAAUGAAGACGAAGUUGAGGCUCUUCACAACAGUUUGAAAGAAAUUGUGCACGACCAGGAUGUACAGCCCAAGCUCCAGUGUAUCAUGAUGGACCCCUCUUUCUCCAUGGUGACAGUCCAGGGUGAUGAGAGCUCAAUUGUAUGGGAGACUCCUGCAGUGGAGCUCCCUGGUGGCAGUGAAUGCUCCACUCCAUGGACUUCUGAGUCUGGCAUCACCUCUCAGGGCUACAGCAUCGAGGGCUCUGGUAUGUUGGAUCAAGUCACCAUAGUCAUUGAUGAAGACAAAGCCAGAAGAGGAAAGGGAAUGAGCAGUGGAGCGAAGGACAGUGAAAAAUCAGCACUUUGUGAAAGGACCCAGUUUAGGAUGCUCCUAAGGGUCCUGAUCUGCUGCUCCCAAACACCUCCCAUGUGACUGGCAUCAGACACAAUGGACUAGGAGUUCUCCCUGACUCAAGUGCAGGAAGAGGUGGAGGAGGAAGUAACGAAGGCAGACAAGAACCGCUUGUCCCAUACGGGGUCACGGGGGAACC